AUGCGUCCUGCCGCUUUCUUCACCGCUGGCAGUCUUCUCGUCGGCCAGCUGACUUGGGCUCAACCCCCGCCCUCCUCUACCACUGUCAAAGAAAUUCAUCUUGAGGGAAAUGAUGUCACCAACACGCGGGACAUCCAUCCUGCCCAGUUUGAUCCUGAGAGCCUGGGCUUUCCUCACACACUCGAGAUGAACUCCAAGUCACCCGAAGUCCAACUUGAGAUCAACAUUCACGUGGACGCUGUCCCAUCUGUCGACAUCUUGAAGGCCACGUCGGACCUCACCGUCACAGCUCUCUCUGCACCCACUGGCUCCACUGUCACCGCAUUUUCGCCCAUGGCUGGUGUCGUCACUGUCUCACCCGCCUCCGGUCCUGUCCCCCCUUCCCCUUCACCUGCCAAUGCUGCAAUCCCAACCGUCCCAACUGGCCCUGUUAGCCUCUCCGCACACAUCCGUGCCACCAACAACUCAUAUCUCCUGCACGAUGCCAACCUAUCCCCUGAGGGAGUGAAAGAAGUCUCUCACAUGGCCGAAGACUGCAAUAAUGGCGGCAUCGGCGGCCUCGGUAAUGGAGCCGGGCUCGGUGGCCCAGGCGGCCCAGGCGGCCCAGGCUCUGGUGGUCUCGGCGGGUCUGGUGGUCUGGGCGGUCCUGGCGGGCUCGGAGGUGCAGGUGGGCUCGGCGCUCCCACUACUGUCACCGUUCUCGCCGUUCCCGCGGGCGGAAAUGGCCUCGGCGGAAAUGGCCUCGGCGGAAAUGGCCUCGGCGGAAAUGGCCUCGGCGGCAAUGGUCUCGGCGGCAGCGGCCUCGGAGGCAACGGAGCUGGAGCCUACGGCGAUGGCAAUGGCCUUGGUGGCUCUGGACUCGGGGGCUCUGGUCUUGGAGGCGGCAACGGAGCCGGAGACUGCGGCAAUAGCAAUGGCCUCGGAGGCUCCGGUCUCGGCGGCAACGGCCUCGGAGGUGGAAACGGCCUUGGCAAUGGCCUCGGCGGCAAUGGUCUCGGCGGCAAUGGCCUCGGUAAUGGCGGUCCUGCAACAAUCACGGUGUUGGCCUCUCCUGGGGGUGCUGGAUCAGGUCUGGGAGGCUCCGGUCCCGGGGGUUUUGGCCCUGGAGGUUCUGGGCUGGGGGGCUCCGGCCUUGGAGGUACAGGUGGACUCGGCAAUGGCAAUGGCAAUGGUCAGGAUUGCGCCGGUCUUGGAGGUUCAGGGUCAGGACUCGGAGACUCUGGCCUGGGAGGCUCAGGUUUGGGAAAUGGCAAUGGCCUCGGUGGCAACGGCCUCGGUGGCAAUGGAGGCCUCGGUGGACUGGGAGGUCUCGGUGGAGUUUCUGGUCCAGCGACAGUCACCGUUCUCGCCUCUCCAGAUGGGUCACUUGGCGCUGGAUCCGGUCAGGGAACUGGCAACGGGCUCGGCGGAUCGGGCCUUGGAAGCGGCGGCAAUGGCCUGGGCGGGCCAGGUUCCGGAGCUGGUGACUGCAACAACGGCCUCGGGUCAGGCGGUGCAGGCGGCCUAGGAGGUGGGCUUGGCGGCAACGGUCUCGGCGGCAACGGUGCUGGCGGUGCUAGGAACGGAGCAGGCGGAGCCAUCGUCUCGACCGUCGCUGUCGUCACCAUUCAAGGAGGAGGGAUCCGCGCUAGGACGCUUGAAGGUGCAGGAGACUCGAAUCUGGCCUUUGCAACGCAGGCGGCUUACUCUCCGUCGUACAUCUCGCAAUCCUCAGCUCCCGAUGGACGAGCCGCCCCAUCUCACCUGGCCCUUGCUGUCUAGGCCGCGGCAGUGUUCGGAACGUACACUUCACUGUCGACUCUUCUCGGAGUCUGAUCACCACCAUCCAUUGCCAAAGGAAAGCAGCCUUUCUCCAGCAACAACGACGAGCCCUCGACGCCACCUUGGUCUCCUGCCGUACCCUGUCGGCUCUUAUCUCUUAUAUGACAACACGACUCUGGCGCGGCGGAUGAGAUGGGUUGGUUGUUUUAUUCUUCGAAUCUUACGGAAUGGAGAGCAGGGAGUGUCAGAGUAAUGAGGAGGUUUCUCGUCGGCGGUCAUGUACUUAGUUUAUGGGUGUUGCUAAGUUCAGACCUGAUAGACUUCUAGACACGCCACAACAAUGUUAGAUGUGCUGCUGUUUAUGGCUAUGAAACUGCAAUUGGACCACCAUCGGAAAGCCAUGCAGAUUGACUAUGCCCUCUCUCUAGAUGCUACUGCUCCUUGUUGUAGGUUCAACCAUGUGAUGGACAGCAAGCUCAUUGGGUCAUUGCCAGCUCUCGCUCUCAAGGCAGCAUGAUAGGCCACAAAGAGAGUACGGCUUCUUGGGGAAUUCAAACGAAGUCUGGCCCGGUCACACGACCCAGC